AGAACACGAGGAGCGAGGGCGAUAUAUAUUAUGGCUUCGGGAGAGAAAAACCCUAGCUUCGGCGUCCAUGGGCCCACCGUUAUUGGGCCACGUUCGUGGGGAGGCCCAAAACGACUCGGCCGAGAAAGCCCACGCUUCCCCCGACCGGUUUCCCUCCCCCCGAGUCGAGGCGAGCUGAGACGAAGCGCGGCGGCGCGGGGAAGCGGUUGCGGCGGCGACCGGCGGCGGGCGGGCGGGCGGGCGGCGAUGGAGCUGUCUAUGAGCGGCGGCGCGCUGCGGACGUUCACGCGGUGCGUCACCUGCCUCGCGCGCGUCGGCUCCGACCUCGUCCUCCAGGCCCACCCCGCCAAGCUUGAGCUGCACACGCUCAACAGCUCGCGGUCGGCGUACGCGUCCAUCUCGCUGGCGCGGGACUUCUUCGACGAGUUCAGCCUCUCCGCCGCCGCCGCCGCCGACUCGGCGCCGUCGUCGACGCCGCUCCAGUGCAGCGUCCUCCUCAAGUCCGUCCUCUCCGUGCUCCGCACGCCGACCGCCGCGCUCGACCGCAUCGCCGCCUCCCUCCCCAACCCCGACGCGCCCAAGCUCCAGCUCACCCUCCACUGCCUCAACGGGGUGAAGAAGACGUACUGGAUCGCGUGCAGCGCGGAGUCCGAGGUGCAGACGCUGGCGCUCGACCGCAGCAACUUCUCCAGCCGCCUCGCCAUCCGGCCGCGGGACCUGGCGCGCCUGCUCUCCAAUUUCCAGUCCUCGCUGCAGGAGCUCACGGUUAUUGCCACCGAUCCUGCUGCUGGGCUCUCCAACGUCGGCGUGGAUGGUGAGAUUGAGGGGAAGGCUGUCGAGCUCAGAAGCUACAUUGACCCGACGAAAGAUGACUGCGAUACGAGGCUGCACACGCAGCUGUGGAUUGACCCAACAGAGGAGUUCGUGGAGUAUGUACAUUCCGGUGAUUCAGUGGAUGUCACAUUCGGGGUGAAAGAACUCAAGGCUUUCUUAACAUUUUGUGAAGGAUGUGAAGUUGAUAUCCUCCUAUUCUUUCAGAAGGCUGGCGAGCCUGUCCUUUUGGUUCCCAAAUUUGGGCUUGACGAUGGAUCAAGUUCUGAUUUUGAUGCAACACUAGUUCUUGCCACUAUGCUUGUAUCACAACUUACUGACAGCAGUGUUGCCCAACAGCCAACUACUUCUGCACAGCGAGCAGAAGAACCAAGGGUUGCUGCUACACCACCACCAGUCCCUGAAAAUGUCUCAAACCAUACUAAAAUAUGGUCGGAGCUAUCAGGUAGUGCUCCCAAAAGUUUUGAAGUUAACAGAGAAAAAUACACCCAGAAGGAGAGAAAUGCCAAUUCUAAUGCACUGAAUGACACAUCAAUGCUGCAUAGUGUAAAUGCUCGCUACAAGCCACCAGUCGCUGAUAAUGCAAACGAUACAAUGCAGCCUAUGCAAAUGGAUCACUUGGAAGAGCCUCCUGAUGUUGUCAGUGAUAAUCCUCGAUCACAGCAUCACCCAAGCAAUUGGGUAGGUGCUGAUGAAGAUGACGAUGAUGACGAAGAUGAGGAGCUUUUCGUCCAAACAACACCGCACUACAUGGACUAGGGAUCGAUGCUGAUCCUUAUACUUUAGGUACAUAUCAGGCUAUCAGCCCGAUGCAAAGAGAAUGGACUAGAAACUAGUUAAGUACCUUUCUCUUUGCUCUUAGUUCUUUCAGGCCUGAAGUUAACACAGAAUAUGUUAAUCUUUUUAACAAUGUGACUUGUUUGUAUCCGAUGUGGCUAUGGCAUUUCUCAUAGUGCAGAGAUUUUUUUUAUGACAUAUUGAAUGUGAAUUGUUCUAUGGUGCACAAGUGGCCUGUUUGUCCUUGUUUUGUUUGUAAGGAAAAUAAUUGUGUUUGAAUCUA